AUGGCCAUUCCACCGGAAGGAAAACCGCCUCCGCCGGCCGGCGGCGGCGCCGCCACAAGGAGCGGCUUCGAUCCGCAGACCGGAAUCUACUCCUCCCUCGUUCAUUUCGACCACCAUUCGAAAAUCCCGACCGAUCCCCGCCUCGACGCUGCUACACAUGUAUUGUCGCACUUUCCAUCGUCGAAGCUGGCCGAAGCACGAGUCGCGCUUAUCGACUCCGCCACCGGCCACCGGGUCACCUAUGCUCACGUCGCCCGCUCCGUCGCCUCCCUCGCCGCCGGAUUGCACCUUUGCCUUGGCAUCGUAAAGGGCGACGUCGUUCUCGUCUUGUCGCCCAACUCGGUGACGUACCCCGUCGUGUGCCUCGCCGUGCUCUCCAUCGGGGCGGUCGUAACCACCGCGAAUCCGCUCAACACGGCGGCGGAGAUUGCCAAGCAAGCUCGCGACUCCGGCGCAAAGUUAGCGAUCGCCGCACCCCAAGAGAUGCACAAAUUGUCGGAAACCGGUCUACCCGUGCUCCCGACCACCGGACCUACCGUCAAUGACGAUCGCCGAAACGACCUCUCGGUAGAAGAGUUGAUCGAGAAUUGCGAACCGAUAGACAUCCCGGCAGAGCAAAAGCCGAGGCAAUCGGAUACGGCAGCAAUACUUUACUCGUCGGGGACUACCGGGACAAGCAAAGGCGUCGUGUUAACGCACGCGAACUUCAUUGCUGUCGUGACGAUGUUCAAGUGGUCGAUGGAACAGUCAAAAUCUAACGACGACGUGUUCCUAUGCUUCGUCCCGAUGUUCCAUAUCUACGGUCUCGUGUUCUUCGGGCUCGGACUGUUCUGCACCGGCAGCACGACCGUCGUAAUGCGGCGGUACGAUUUCCAGGAAAUGUUAGAGGCUAUACAGAAGCAUAAGGUCAGAAACAUACCAGCAGUCCCGCCGGUGAUACUCGCGCUGGUUAAGCACGACAGCCGAUCGCACAACUUGUCGUCGUUGCGACGGAUGGGGUCGGGGGCUGCCCCGUUGAGCAAAGAGCUCGCCGAGGCAUUCAGGAAGAAGUUCCCGUGGGUCGAGCUCCGGACUGGCUACGGGUUAACCGAGAGCUGUGGAGCGACUACUUUUUUCGCCACGGAUCAAGAAUCGAAAUCUCGGCCGGGUUCGUCAGCAAGGUUGCUUCCGUCUUUUAGCGCUAAAGUGGUUGACCCCGCGACGGGAGCGGCGCUUCCGCCGUAUGGGGAAGGAGAGUUGUGGCUAAAGAGCCCGACCGUGAUGAAGGAGUACCUCGGAAACAAGGAGGCGAACGAUGCGGCGUUCGAUCCAGAGGGGUGGCUGAAAACCGGCGACCUUUGUUACUUUGAUGACGAGGGGUACGUCUACAUCGUCGAUCGGAUAAAGGAGUUGAUCAAAUACAAUGGCUAUCAGGUGGCUCCGGCAGAGUUGGAGGCAGUGCUAACAAGCCAUCCUCGAAUAGUCGACGCAGCAGUUGUACCAGUUGAAGAUGAAGAAGCAGGGCAGAUACCUAUAGCGUACGUCGUGAAAGGCGCAGGGAAUGACGAUCUUACAGAAGAUCAAGUGAUGGAGUUUGUGGCGAGGCAGGUGGCGCCGUACAAGAAAAUCCGAGGGGUGAGGUUCGUCGGCGCAGUGCCGAAGUCGGCUGCCGGAAAGAUUUUGCGGCGGGAGCUGAUGUUGUCUGAGAGGCAAGGAGAGCCACUGGCCUCCAAAUUGUGAAAAGGAUUGGUUUGUUUUUGUGGAAAGAAUAAGGAGGAGGAGCCAUCAGCCAUGGAUGGAUGCCUUUCAUGAUGAACCUUUGGUAAUAAGUUUGAUGAAGGUGUUUGU